UCAAAAACAAAAAUGAAGUGAAAAAUUGGGAGGAGGAGGCGCGUGGAAUAAAAACCGAGAAAUCGCGGGGAAAAGAAAGGCGGAGGGAGGAGGCUAUGAGCUGUGGGGGGAUAUGUACAGUGGGACCCACCACCCAUGUGCCCCCCCUCUUCUCUCCACCAGCAUCUGCCUCUCAAUCAUCACCAUUCUCUUCCCCCUCUCUCUCUCUCACAGACACACACCCUCUUUGUUUGUAAAAGAAAUUCUAAUUCCAAUUCCUUUUCUUUCUAGAUUUUUUGUGGGUUGUGUCCAUUAAUCUUCUCCAGCAAUUACCCCAUAACAGCUAGACAAAGCUUUUAUAGUCUUUGAAGCGAAAGCUAAAGCUAAACUACAUAAAGGGUAAGAGUGUGGUAGUCCUGCUCCUGCCCCCACGAUGUCCAAUUCAGAGACUGCUGCUACUAACGGAUCGUUAAUGGACCCACAGAGACAUCAGGCGCCGGCAGCCAAUGGUUCACUUGCCGUUAAAAAGCCUCCCACCAAAGACCGUCACAGCAAAGUUGAUGGUCGUGGGAGAAGGAUCAGGAUGCCCAUCAUUUGCGCCGCUCGUGUUUUCCAGUUGACCCGCGAAUUGGGUCAUAAGUCCGAUGGUCAGACUAUCGAGUGGCUGUUGCGUCAGGCUGAGCCUUCUAUUAUAGCCGCCACUGGUACAGGGACGACUCCUGCUAGUUUUUCCACCGUGUCGGUUUCCCUCCGCGGAGCUAAUUCUACUUCUUUGUCGUCGACCACUUCUUCGUCUUUGGAUCAUAAGCCUCUUUUGGGUCCUACCCCGUUUAUACUGGGGAAACGCGUCCGGUCCGACGACGAUAACGCCGGAAAGGACGAUUCCGGAGGGCUCACUGUUGGACCAGGCGUGGGUUCCAUUGUGGGACCGAACGGGACACAUCCGGGUGGGUUCUGGGCUCUUCCAGCAAGGCCAGACUUUGGUCAAUUGUGGAGCUUCGCGGCCCCGCCUCCACCGGAUAUGGUAGUACAGGCGGCUGCUCAGCAACCCGCUGCUGCUGCUGCGUUGUUCGUUCAACAACAGCAAGCGAUGGGAGAAGCGUCGGCGGCUAGGGUCGGCAAUUAUCUUCCUGGUCACCUAAACUUGUUAGCCUCGUUGUCGGGUGCUCCGGGAGGAUCGGGUCGAAGAGACGAGGAUCCGCAUUAAAAUUUGGUGGACCAUUUUACCGUUCCUGUUGUUGGGAGUAUAUAUAGAUUCUAUAAAUAUUUGUGUAUGGUUGUUGCUUUUUUGUGUGUGCGAGGAUGUGGAAGAUGAUUGCUAGUUGGAAUUCUUAGGGUUAGGGAAUUAGGGUUUUGAGGCAGAUAAUUUGGAGUAUGGAUGAUGAAUGGAUUCAGAUUAGGGUUUUUCCGUAGCACUUCUAUUUGAUGAUUAGUUAGGGUUUUGGAGCAAUUGUUUAGGGUUUUGAGAAUGGAGAGGGGAGCCGAGUGCUGAAUUUGGGGAUUGGUUGUGUUGUUUGUCCCCAUUGUGGAGCUUAUGAUGGCACCCAAAUAGGGUUGGAUCGAUUGUGCUUCCGGGCAUUAACCCUUAUUGCCAUUGGUGUCUAAGAAUGACUAGUUUCUUUGCUGCUAUGCGGCAUAGCUUAGCAUCAAACACUGCAUUAUGCUGGUUCUUAAGGGCGUGGGUUGAUCUGGCUCUCUUUUUAGCUGCUUUCGUUGUCGAUCGGGAUUACUGCUGUGUGAAAGAUAACCGGCUCCGGCUCCUCUCUACAGGUCCUUCAAAAUAACUGGAUGGUUACUGAAACAUUAACUGAUGGAGGGUGAGAAACACAUGCAGCAGCAGUGAUGUUGUCGACCUAAAUCUGGAAAGAUAAAUGAAGUUAAUACAAAGUGGUGAAAGAGAUUUUCGUAAUGAGUAAAUCUGUAAUGCAUUUUUCAUUCAUGGAGGCCAUCCCUAAAGCUUACCCAUCUUUUUAUGACCUAAAGGAGAUGCUGACUGCAUUGCAGUUUCUGGGAAAGAGAAUCAAACUCAACUUCGUAAUUAAGCUGAAGCUUCAUAGCUUCGUAUAAUUUCUUAAAUUGUAAUAAUAGAUUAAUUUGGUUGCAACAGAAAAAUAGGCCCACCAUUUGCCUAUCAUUAAAGGGCAUGCCCCAUUAUAGUUGGAACAGCUUUUACAGUGUGGUGGGCUAAUUUGGAAGUAAAACACAUCCAAAUGAUGGGGAGCCUCAUAUUUCAGAUUUGGGUGGUUAAUACCAAAUUUCUAGGUUUUUUGUGUUGCAUUUAAGGGUACAUGUUACAUGUUUAUGCUCUUUAAUUGGAGGUGCUGCUUGUUCUUUACUUUUCUCUGCUUUUAUAACAUUACUCCAAUUCUUAUCUAAUUGUUUUAAAUUUGAGUAAUUUGAAUUGUCGAGAUACCGAUUCAAGUUUUAUUUUAUUAUUUUUGAAAAUAAAUUGAACACAAUUAAUCAGAUUUGAAAUAUGAAAAUUUGACAAGAUCAAACGGUUGGAAACAGUACUUAACUCCGUUGUGUACUCCUCUUUCUUCUGAUUGAAGUCUAUGGAGAUUCCAUUGGAGGAGGGGGAUGAACAUAACUUUGUUUAUGACAAGGUUUGCGGUGAUUGGAAGAAUUUUUGCCAGGAAAGUUCUAAAUCGCAAGGGGGAUUUGGUCCAAGGAUGAGAUUCUCUGCAUAAGAGAGGUUGGGGAUAAUGUGGUGGCGAUCUCUUUCAAUUCGCGACGAGCUAUUGAGGAGAGCCCUUGGUCCAUUAUGGUAAUCCGCUACAGUUACAGAGGUGGGAAGGGGAUCUUGUGAUUUCUGAAAUUGACUUCUCUUGGAUUCAGUUCUGGAUUUAAAUUCAUAAUAUCCCAUUGGAGAGCAAUUAGGGAAAGUUUUAAAGGUGGAUGAUCCACAAGGUUGUGAUGGAAUUGGGAAGAGCUUCCUUCAUGUGCGAGUGGAGAUGGAAGUAAACAAACCUUUGGUGGAUGGCUUCUGGGUACCUCGGCAGAACAGGAAUCGUGUACGGGCAUCUAUUAAGUACGAAAAACUGUCUGACUUUUGUUAUUUCUCUGGAAUGCUUGGACCUACUGCGAAAUCCUGUAAGGAGGCACCAUUGGACUUGGAUGAAAACAGUUUUUCUUUUCGAUUUUGUCCUGCUUUGAGGGCUAGUUUUGUCCGAUCUGAAAUUAAAUGGGAAGGGGAAGGGGAAGGGGUGUCGAUUUAGGUGAUAAAAGGGAAGGGAAUCAAAGAAGAGACAAUCAUUUAUGGGAAAAUAGUGGUAGAUUAGUAGACGGGGCAGUGAGUGCUGGACAUUUAUUUGCGGGCAUGGGUAGUGGGUCAUGGGUUAGAGGGCAAAGAAGAGGUGUUUAAGCAGCUUGGGAAGGAGAAUUCUAUGGGUUUGGGGUGUCACACUUAAGGUUAAGGUGGGAUUGGAUGGGUAGUGUAUUUAUUUGCGGUUAGUGUAAAAAUAAUGAUGACGGUGAGAUUAGAUAUUGUAGCAUAAGAUAAAAAGUAAAUUAAACGCAUCGCAUCCUACCGCCCAUCCAAAUCCACCUUUAAUUCGGUUGUCGGAUACGAAUGUGUGACAUCACUUUACGUUUUCUGAGCUACUUAGAUUGUUUCAAUCCAUUAUAUCAAAUAAUUUGAUAAUCAGUUUCAAGAA